AUGUUAACAGUUAAUGUUGAUAAUUUUGUUCCAGUUAAUAGUUAUGUUAAAGUUACAGUUAAUGACAGUACAAAUGAGUUAAAUAUGUCGCAAGGUAUUUCCAAUACCCAACCAGUUAAGGAGGAUAAGAAAUUUACUCCGAAGGAUAAUUUGAAGUCGUUGAGAGUUUUGUUUUCAAAUGUUGACACCCUGUCAAAUAAGCGUUCAGAGUUUGAGGCACAUUUAUCAAUUGAAAAGCCACAUAUAAUAGGUUUAUGCGAAAUAUAUCCGAAGAACUCUAUGGAUAAAUCUAUAUCAUCCAUGCUAAAUCUAGCUGAUUAUGAAAAGUAUUUACCGGACAAAGUGGGGGAUAGAGGUGUAGUUAUUUAUAUUCACAAGUCUUUGACUGCUUUUAAAGUUGACAUUUUAUCGGAAUCUGCUUUUAAUGAAUCAGUGUGGUGUGAAAUUAAAUUAGAAGGAACUGAUAAACUGUUAUUGGGCUGUAUUUAUAGGAGUCCGUCGUCUGUAUCUUGUAAUAAUAAGAAAUUAAAUGAUUUAAUAUGUCAUGCUCGUAACUUAAAGUACAGCCAUUAUUUAAUUAUGGGAGACUUUAACUACCCUGAAAUCAAAUGGGUUGAUAAUGAAGUAUCAAGUGGUAUUAACACAGAUCCUUUUAAAUUUUAUGAGUGUAUGCAAAACAAUUUCCUAUUUCAACAUAUAUGUACACCGACACGUUUUAGUACUGGUCAAAAUGCCAAUUUACUUGAUUUGGUUUUCACGAAUGAAGAAAACAUGAUAUCCAAAGACUCUAUACAAAUGGAUUCGCCAGUUGGGAAGAGUGACCAUUGCAUGAUAAAUUUCGAUUUUUGUUGCUAUUUGAAUAAUGAGAAUACUUCUGGCGAUCGUUUUUCAUAUUUUAGAGGUAACUGUGAGAUUUUUAAUGAGACUCUAAACGACAUUGACUGGGAUGUUCUGCUAAAUAAUAAAAGCAUUAAUGAAAUGUGGAAAUGUUUCUCUACUGUUAUGUCCGAUAACAUUGAUAGAUUUAUUCCGAAGAAGAAAAAUGACCGUAAAUUUAUAAGCCCACCUUUGUGGAUGGAUAGAGCUACUAAGUCUGCAAUUGUCAAGAAACGUAAAUCAUGGAAAAAAUAUAAAUAUUCAAGAAAUAAUUUGUCAUAUAUCAAAUAUGUGAAGGAUCGCAAUGAAUGUACAAAUACUGUUAAAAAUGCCAAACUUAGUUUUGAACAAAAAGUGGCCUUAGAAUCAAAGACUAAUGUAAAGUCGUUUUGGAAUUAUGUUAACAGUAAACUUAAGACUAGAUUAGGAAUAGGUACGCUUGAGAAACCGGAUGGUACUUUAGCAUCCAGUACUGCUGACAAAGUUGAAGUUUUAAAUCAGUUUUUUACUAGUGUUUUUACUCAAACGGAGGACUUGAAAGAUUAUGAUACUAAUUCAGUGUCGAACAACUAUUUAAAUGAUAUUAAUAUUUGUCAGGAAGAUGUGAUAAAGAAACUUAAUAAAUUAAAGACAGAUAAAUCUGCAGGACCUGAUGGUCUCCAUCCGAAAGUUUUAUAUGAAGUUAGACAUGCAAUUUGUUAUCCAUUGUUUCUAAUUUUUAAUAAGUCUAUCAAAGAGGGGAAAGUUCCAGACGAUUGGAAAAAUGCCAUAGUAUCACCGAUAUUUAAGAAAGGGAAAAAAAUAAAACCUGGUAAUUAUAGACCUGUAAGGUUAACAUCAGUGGUAUGUAAGAUAUGUGAAUCCAUUAUUAGAGACAAUAUUAUGAAGUUUAUUCUUACAAACAAUCUUUUUACUAGUAGUCAAUAUGGCUUCCGUCCUGGUAGAUCAUGUGUUACUCAACUCCUAGAGGUUCUGGAUGAGUGGUAA